AACUUGAUUAAUGUACUUUUGACUUAAAUGCAGUCACGUAUCAAAUAUUUUUUUUAUAAUAAAACAUUGUUUUGAUUACAUGGCGGUCUUAAGCUGUCACUCGACGCGCUGCCUGCUUUGAAAGUUAUAAAAUUUCGCGGGGGUAAGCAAAAUUUUUCACAUAACUUUAUAGUCUUUCAUUUACCACCUUCUUUUUUCUUUGCUAACAUGCUUCCUAGCAGAUCCGAUGCAUAUAAAUUUUUUUUUGGCCAUGAUAACUGUGUACAACGUUCUAUAAAGUAGUUAUUUAACGUUAAUAAUGAACGCCGGUAAGAAAAAUAUAAGCAACGGUUGGAUUUUAUGUCCUUCGAAAAGCUUUCCUGGCAAGUUUUAUUACUUCAAUGUGUUAAAUGGUGAAGCCGCAUGGAGUCUCAGCGAACCAGAAAAAAAAGGCUUUGUAAAGCAGAUUGCACCACAAGUACAGAAAAUAGUGGACAAAUCACAUGAAUAUCCCGAACCAACCAAUUUGCCAGAUGAAAAUUCUAUAACCGCCUCUGAUAUCAGUGCCCAUGUCACAAAACCUGACUACUUAAGAAACCAAAGUCUGCCGACGUUUGGCCAACUUGCUUUUCCAAAAUAUGUGGCCAACAACCCAACGUUAAUGCCCAACAUUGUAUGGGCACCACUCCAAUUGCCAACGUUUUGUCCAGAAAACAAAAGACCAAUGUCAGAUAAAGACACUCAGACGGAAAUAGAAUUAUCCGUACAAACUUGUAAUGUACCACUUUGUAAACGGUUCAAAAAUUAUGAGAAACCAAUCCUUUGUUUCGAUAAAAGAAACAAAAUUCUUAAUAAACCGAAGAAAUUUGAAACGUCUACACCUAAGAGCAGUUUUGAAAAACAUGAGAGCCAAAAUAGUGUGGCAAAAUCAAAAUCUUUCAUUAAAGAAUCUACUUUGAAAUUCGAUUCUAAGUUGCCAAAAGUUGGUUGGGAAGCUACAGAGUUAAGUCAAGACUCUCAGUUUGAAAGUGCACCAGAGGUCGAAAGAAAAAGUGGAAAGAAUAUGAAAAAUCUAACCCAAAUUGACUUGAGAUUGCACCUGCAAGCAAACAAAAGAAAAUCUAUGGAUGCUUCUCUUGAGACUAUUGAAAGUAAGAAACUGAAGAGCAGUGAAUUUGAGCCUACUUCUAAGAAAAAAGUCUCUUUCGAUUUUGGCUUAGAAACUGGUGAAGGAUUGGUACUAAGUGAUAUUAGCUCACAGGACGAUUUUCAACCAUCAUCACCGUUUAUUGGACCAAAAAGUCCAAUUUUAAAUCAACCUUUUACUAAAGAAGCAGAAAUUCCUAAAGUGGCAACAUCGUCAUUAGCAAAAGAUUUGGGGUUGCCAGUGAGAAAAAAUAAUUGGUAUAUUGUCGCUGACACCGAUAUCUUGCUUUUGGAUUAUGAGUUAAUUGAUAAUCUUGUCUUGUCAGAUCCGAAAUGCAAGUUAAUAAUACCUCACGCGGUUCGAGUGGACAUAGAAUCUCUUUGCAUAGGCGAUUGUCACGGACAACAACGGGUGAUUCAAGCUAGGCAAAUUGCUAGAAAACUGGCAACACCACCCCCACAUUAUACUGUUGAACCACCGCCCAUAGACAAGAAGGAUGAAAUCAUAGUGACUACUGAUUGUAUUCUAAAUUGUUGCCUACAUGCGAAGAACCAAAAUUAUUAUGUGGUUUUAAUAUCAAACGACCCACAUUUACAAGUGAGGGCCAACUCUCUAGACAUACCCUCUUACAAAAUAAACGACAUCAAAAAUGGCGCCGACAUCAAACCGGAAGUGGCUUCACAGGCCAAAAAUAUUAAUUCUCAAACCAAAGCAAAAUUAGGCUUAUUUCCUAACUUAAGUUCUGUAGAUUCGGUUAAAAAACAACUGAGUUUCAACGACGAUAGUGAUGAUAAAUUAAUUAAUAUAACAAAACCAAAAUUUUUCCAUACUGACGAUUCCGAUAGUGACAGUUUUACAUCUGACAUUAGUAGGGAAGUCCAAAAUCUAAAUAUUAUCGAUAAAAAUGUUAUGAAACCACAAAGUUCUUAUCGAAACCCGUUUCUACUGCAAAAUGUAAAAGAAGCAUUUAAUUUUGGAAAUACAUCUAACAUUUUUGACAGUUACAUAUUUGAUAAGACAAGUCAAAAUUCAAAAAAUUUCGAUUUCGAAAAGACGUUGCCAAAAUCGAAUCAGUGCGAAAAUUACCAGAACACUGAAAAUCUAUUUCUUUCGAAACCCGUUUCUACUUCGGAUCAGUUUAUAUUCAAUAAUAAAAAUAAAAAUGAUAAUUUCGAUAAUCCUGGAACAUCUUUAAAUAUCAGUGCUACAAAUACUCGAAAAAAAAAUCCUUCUCAAUCACGUAUAGAUAAAAUAUUUGAAAACAUCAAAUUGAACACAGAAACUAAUAAUCCGACGAAAGAAUUCGAUAACAGUGGUAUUUUCAAAGUACCUCAGCCGUUACAAUUUAAAAUUAGAAGGAACACGUCCGCUCCCGUCGAGAGUUCGAGUUCAAAUGACAAAAUUCGAACGCCCAUAGACAAAGAUUCUAUAGAGGAGAAUGUGAAGAAGUUUUGUGUAAAGAGUUCGGCUAUGAGAGAGAAGAUAAGCACAAGAAUAGAGGAAUGGAUUUGUUGUUUUAUACAAAUAAUGGAAGAUGUAUUAAGUAAUCUGUUACUGAAAAGCAGUGUUUGUAUGGAAGACACGCUGGCACCAUUAAACUUACAUGAUAUAUUGAAUUAUGUAAAAAUGUCGUAUGAUUGUCAGUCAAAAGCGACGGUCAUAGACAAACUAUCAGAAAUGCUGGAUAAAUGUACUGCUUGUAAAGGGAAAUUUAAGGCUUUCAUCAGUCCUGAAUUCUUCAUGAAAAUGUUUCGAUAUGGCGUUAUGCUUAUUUCAACUCUGAAGGUCAUUUUACCGAAUUCUGAAGAAUUAAAUGAUGCUGAAUUAAGUCUGAACGAUCUAUUGAGUAAUAUUGAAAGUAACGCCAAUGAGAUUGAUCUGGAAUCACUUAGAACCCCUUCCGUGAGCAGGGCCGAUACGGAUGAUAGAGUAAAAGUCGUUUUCACCAAAGAAAAGUCUUAUGUAUUAGACUAUUUGAAGAAACAUUUCAAAGAAUGGGCUUCAUAUAAAGAGGAAUGUGUUGAGAAAGAUCUGAAUACUCAAGAGAUAAAUCAUCCCGACCUUCAAGUAGUAAGAACAUCAGGUAAAAAUCUAAAUUUAGUGAAAAUCAUCAGUAACAAAGCUAUCUGUCUUCAAAAUCCCACCGAAAGUGAUGCAGCCAAUGACAAAAAUCAAUCAAACGAUAUUAGACUGUUAGACAAUAGACAACUCAAUGAAUCUUAUAGUAACUUAGCAAUUACUGAACCAAAAUUGAUGGAACUCUGUGAACACAACAGCGAAAAUAUUUCGAAAAUCAAUUAUGAAAAUAAUUUGCAUUCCAAAGAUACAAAAGAAAUUGAAAAAAAUUACACCACGCCAACAAAAUCUGUAUGUAUAGAAAAUACUGACUUAUCAAAUCCUGCUACUGAAAUAGAUGAACCGAAAAUGGUAAGAAAUACGACAACAAUAGAUGAGUACGAGAAGAAAGUACAGAACAGAGAGCCUCUGGAUAUGGACCUACUUGAUUACUCAGAAAUUUACGAACCAUCCGUCGCCGAAAAUCCAGAAUUUGAUAUUAUCGAAGAAAAACAAAUAAAUAAUAAUAAUCAUUUUGAAAAUUAUAACAACGUAUUUACAGAAAAUGUCACAGAAAACGUACCAUUGGAAACCAUAUUUCAGACUGAUGAUAACCUUGAUAAUAUUUUUAAUACAAAUGAUGACAGAAAAACAGAAAAUAAAGUUGAACAUACAUUACCCACAAAGUCGGGAAACGAACAUUCAUCAGAAACUGGCAACGCUGUACAAAAUAUUGAUGAAAAAACUAUCAAUGAUAAUUCUACUGAUAAAAAUUUGCCGAAUAACGACUGUUGUGCCGAUAAUCCCGAAAUUGGGACCGCCAGUAACGACGGUUGUGUCGAUAAUCCCGAAAUUGGGACCGCCAGCAACGACUGUUGUGUCGAUAAUCCCGAAACUGGGACCGCCAGUAACGACUUUUGUGUCGAUAAUCCCGAAAUUGGGACCACCAGUUUCGAGAAAUCCGACCAAGUUUCGGCUGCAAGCCCCAACGAUUCUGGUAUUGAGAACGAUAGCACUUAUGUACAUUCUGCUAUCGCAUUAUGUUUGAACAAAGUCAGCGGUACUUUGAUAGAGCUUUACAAAUUCAUCACAUCGUUCGUUGAUGAAGUUCUUUCGAGAAGAAUAAACGACAAAAGGAAGAAUAUUCUCCACGAUCAAGCUAGGAAAUUAUUUGAAAUGAUAAUUAUUGUCAUACAGAAAUUGAGAAAUAUUAAAAAAAGGGAGUCGGAACCAGAUACAAUAUUAAAAAAAUUAUUACUUCGAGCAGGAGUUGAAGCUACCACGGAUAAGAGAAUUACAAGAUACAGUAGUCUGGUGAAAAAAUUACUAGAACAGGCGCUAACGUUCAGAAAAGCUCUGAAAACUAUAGUUAAGGUUACACUAGGCGACUACGAGGCGAUGUCAUCGGGUGCUGAAACAAUUAAUUCCAGUAUUCGAUACUUAAAUAUAUUCGAAUAAUUACCAAAAACUUAAUCGUAAACUGAAAACACUAGUUUACAAAAUUUGUUUUUUGUUGUUGCAAAGGUGAAAUAUAUAAUUUCUUGUAGAAUACUUGUUACGCAAUCGAAGUCCGGGGGCCCGAUUCUCCUAAGUUAAUAAUGUCAAAAUUGAAUAGAAAUUGAAUCGCAAUAGCAGUUUUA